GCUUCCUGAGCAAAUUUACUCUUCUGCAAACCACAUACUAAAUUCGAACACAAAUUACACAGAGACAUAUACUGAUAUACAUACGUGAACAAAUGCCCUAUUCUACGCGAAUCUCUCCGACCUUCAAUCUUCUCCAUCAAACCAAACCACAGUGUUUUUCAUUUGACAUUUCUGGGUUCUAUCAACACUUCUCAAAUCCAUCUUCUUUUGCGAUUAAUCGUGGUUUGUGUUCGAGUAGCAUACGUGUGGUUGGUGGGCGUAUUAAAGCAUUGACUAGUCACAGCGAAGAAGGUCCCGUUCAGGAUCUCGACUCUUCGCCGGUUUCGGUUGAUUUAGAGCCGAUUGCGUGCGAGAGCCAGUUCGAUCGGGUCGUCUCCGAGGCACAACGGCUCGAUGAACCGGUUGUGAUUCUGUGGAUGGCAAAAUGGUGCAGGAAAUGUGUAUAUUUGAAACCAAAAUUGGAAAAACUUGCUGCAGGUUACUAUCCGAGGAUACGAUUCUACUCUGUAGAUGUGAAUAAUGUUUCACACAAGCUUGUGGUUCGUGCAGGAGUAACUAAAAUGCCAACAAUACAGUUGUGGAAGGAUAGCAAGAAGCAGGCAGAGGUAAUUGGAGGCCACAAAGCACAUUUGGUUGCUAAUGAGAUCCGUGACAUGAUCGAAAAUGAGUUUUCCGUGUAACUUUCUUCUUGAUAUGCAAAUCUUCUAGUCUUGAUUUUGGUUUUUUUCUUACAGAUUCGUAACUUCAAAUUCCCUUGUAAUUCUUCGUUUAUAAUGUAAAUGAGUUAAACUGC